GGAUAUAUCGCCACAUCCCCUUGCUUCCCCUGCUACCCUCUUCCGGCUUCACUGGCCGCAGCACAGUGGGAUGGAAACCAUCCGAAAAGUAUAUAAAGCUGCUUGCUACAGACCUCUAGGCACUGUCCACCUUGUGCUUGGAGCUGUCCUGGCUCAGAAACUGCUCCAGCUCAGUCUUCCCCACCAUGAGUCUCAGACUCCAGGCCACCUCCUCCUGCCUCAGUGUCGGCCUACAUCGUGUCCUAGGGGGAUUGCUGCUGCUGUCACUGCUCCUGACCCUGCUGGUUCCCUCUUCCAAUGGACAACCUGAAAGUAUAGAUAUGUUUGCUGAACUGCGCUGCCUGUGUGUGAGGACAGUCUCCGGGAUGCACCCCAGCAAGAUCUCCAGCUUGGAGGUGAUCAAGGCAGGAGCCCACUGUCCCAAGGUCCAAGUGAUAGCCACAUUGAAAGAGGGGAAGAAAUUCUGCCUGGAUCCAGAUGCUCCAGGAGUCAAGAAAUUGGUACAGAAAAUAUUGGAAGGUCGGGGGUUAGCCGCUUAAGCUGCUUACUUCCUGCCAAAAUUUUUCUACCUGCCUGAAAGGGCAGGAUUUUGAAGCCUUAGCUUUCUACAGUUCUUUACCCAGGCCACUUGUUCUUACUGUAUGAAAACUGGGAUACACUCUACUUUGUUUCAAAAAUCACAUUGUAUUCUGAGAAGAUAUGUUAAGAGAUGAAAAAAGAGGGGAAUACGCAAGCCCAGUAAUAACACAUAAGUUAUGGUUUACUUUCUAAUUCUCGCUUAAACACUGUGCUGUGCUGUGCAUUUCAUUUUUUUCUUUUGUGAGACAGAGUCUCACUAUGUAGUUCGGGUUGGCAUUGAGCUUGUAGCAAUCAGCUUCCUGAGUACCGGGAUUACAAGUGGGCACCACCAUGCUCCACUGCACUUCUUUGUCUGAAUAUUUAUUUUUGAGGCCAUUUGUGUUAAUUUUUCUUUCUCAGAUGUUAGGCUAGAUGUGCUCAUAACAACACCCCAAUGGCCAGUAACAUUAAGGACCCCAACGAGCCAAGCAGAGAAUGCUUCUCAAUAAUUUUUUCAUACAUAGGUGUAGAGUUUUCAGUGUUUUAGCUUUAAACUAUCUGAUUUCAAACUUUCCUCUGAAAAGCUUUUCUAAUGUUUAUGUUAGGCUUCAGACCCUAAAACUAAUAGUUGUAGGAUGUAAAUCCUGUAAGGUGGUGACUUAGAGAGAAUAUAUUUUAUACUAGUAGAGCAAAAAGUAUGUGAUGAAAAAGCAUUAAUAUAUGCUACAAAGAAACCCCAGCACUUUCUACAGUGACAACAAAGAAAAAAGAAUGAUUUUUUUUUAGUCUUUUUUAAGGUUUUGCUAUGCAGCUCAGGCUGAACUUGAACU